AUGAGUCUCCGCCCUUGCUUCUUCCUCCUCCUCUUCUUCUCUUCCUCCGUCGCGGUGCAAGUACGCCUUUCCGCCGCGCUCUCGCCGGACGGGCUCGCGCUUCUGGCCUUCAAGUUCGCCGUUGCGGCGGACCCGGGGGCGGCUCUCGCUGCGUGGGACGAGGGCGACGCCGAUCCCUGCCUCUGGCCGGGCGUCUCCUGCGCCGCUGUCCCCAGUUUCUCCUACCCCCGCGUGGUCGCUGUGUCUGUUCCCGGGAAGGGCCUCACCGGCUACAUUCCCUCCGAGCUGGGCUCCCUCUCCUUCCUCCGCCGCCUCAAUCUCCAUAGCAACUCCCUCUCCGGCUUCAUCCCUCCCCAGCUCUCCGAAGCUACCUCCCUCCGAGCCCUGUAUCUCUACUCCAACAACCUCUCCGGGCCGGUUCCUCCUUCCCUCUGCGACCUCCCUCGCCUCCAGAACCUCGAUCUCUCGGGGAACGCUCUCUCCGGCGCGAUUCCUGCCCGCCUGGGGAAUUGCCGGCAGCUGAAGAAGCUCAUCCUCUCCGAUAAUCGGCUUUCCGGGGAGGUCCCUGCAAAGAUAUGGCCUCAGCUCAGCGGCCUCAUGCAGCUCGACCUGUCAAGAAACAACUUCAGCGGGCCAAUUCCUCCAGAUCUCGGCAGUCUCAGAUCGCUAUCGGGUGUUCUGAAUCUUUCCCACAAUGCAUUCUCCGGCGAGAUCCCCAGCAGCCUGGGGAAUCUGCCGCCGGCGGCAACUCUCGACCUCCGGGGGAAUGACCUAUCUGGGAAGAUCCCUCGGGUGGGCGUUUUGUCGAACCAGGAGUCCACCGUCUUCCUCGACAAUCCCAAGCUCUGCGGCUUGCCCCUCCUAAGCCCCUGCAAGGACCCCUCCGCCGCUCCCCCUACCUGGCACAGGUCCUCCCCUCUCUCCUACAGUGACCAGGGAGAAGAUCAAGCCCGGAGGAAAAGGCUGAAGCCGGGGAAGAUCAUCAUCAUCGCCGUCGCAGACGCCGUGGGCGUAGCAGUGAUCGGCGCUGUGCUGGUGUACGCCUACUGGAAGCUGAGGCUCACAAGCCGCGGCGGGUGCAGCUGCAGCAGGAAGACCAAACUGGGGAGGGAGGAAGCAGGAGGGAACGAGCCCUGCUGCCUGAGGUGUUUCUGCUUCAGCCCACCGGCGGCGGCGCCGUCGGAGGAGGGACCGAACUCCGACGGAGCAGCUGCGGAGGAAGAAGAAGGGCACCUGGUGGCUGUCGACAAGGGGUUCUCCUUCGAGCUGGAUGAGCUGCUAAGGGCGUCGGCGUACGUGCUGGGCAAGAGCAGCCUGGGGAUCGUCUACAAGGUGGUGCUCCGGAGCGGGGUGCCGGUGACGGUGCGGCGACUGGGGGAAGGCGGCGCUCAGCGGCGGAAGGAGUUCGCCGCGGAGGCGCAGGCCAUCGCCCGCGUGCGCCACCCCAACGUCGUCCGCCUCAGGGCCUACUACUGGUCCUCAGACGAGAAGCUACUGGUUAGCGAGUUCAUCUCCAACGGCAGCCUCGCCGCCGCCCUCCGCGGUGGGAAGACGACCCAGUUCUCCUCCUCCUCCUUCCUCUCCAUCUUAUCUCAAGCUAAGUAGCGCCGGUUACGAAAUCUCAGUGAUUUUACUGCAGGUCGGUCGGGUCAGCCUGCGAUGCCAUGGGCGACCAGGAUGAGGAUAGCUAGAGGGACGGCGCAGGGGCUGGCCCACAUCCACGAGUGCAGCUCCCGGAAGUUCGUCCAUGGCGAGAUCAGGCCCUCCAACGUCCUGCUCGACGGCGAGUUCAACCCCCACAUCUCCGACUUCGGCCUCCGCCGCCUCGUCCACGUCGCCGGCGUCUUCGACGGCGGCGGCGCCGUUCUCGGCCGGGGAAACGGCUACCUUCCACCGGAGGCGCAGCAGGCCCCCGUUGGCAAGCCUACACAGAAGUGGGACGUCUACUCCUUCGGGCUAGUGCUGCUGGAGCUGCUGACGGGGAGGACCCCCGAGCUCUCGUCCCCUUGCCGAGCGACGACGCUGUCCUCGCGACCACCGUCGAUGGACCCGGCGGAGCUGGCGAGGUGGGUGAGGAAGAGCUUCGAGGAGGAGAGGCCGCUGGCGGAGCUAAUGGACCCGGCGCUGCACCGGGAGCAAGAGGCCAAGAAGGAGAUCCUCUCCGUCUUUCAGCUGGCGAUGGCCUGCACAGAGCUCAACCCAGAGUCGCGGCCGAGGAUGAAGACCGUCUCCGACUUUCUCGAGAACGUUGGCCGCCGGUGA